AUGAAUUUGAACGCUUUGCGCAGGCUUUGCGUACGCUAGGUAUCCUACCUAUCCUACGCCUGCUUGAUACCUACCUAAUAGCUCUACCUGACUGGUUGACAUGGUCAGAAGUUUAAUAGAACAUUCGGAAUUCGUAUCCGCCUUCACUUCGGCACAUGCCAAUUGCAAACCGAUAGGAAGAUAGAUCGGCCGCUUGGCGCAGCGUUUUCUUGCGCGAAAAGAUCUACACAGUGCAUCUCUUGCAUUCAUCGCAGUGCCACGUCGCUCUUGACGCUUGCGCUGAACCUUCUGGCCCUCUUGCCUCUCCAGGCUUCUCUGGCUGAGCCAUGGCGCAGGAAGAAAAUACCUACAGAGCUCAACUGCUGAGUGCUCUGAAAAGCAUACCGCGUUCGGGGAGUUAUGCAGCUGGUGGCAUCCUUAAGACAUGCUUGCCAGGCCUUUGCGUCCCUGCAUUGGGAGGUGGGGGCCAAGUGGCGCUGCCGCUUCUGCCCUCUCAGGCAAAGGAACUGGCGAGCAUUUGCAAUGCUGCUCCCUUUGGGCGCAAGGAGGCCACCAUAUACGAUGAGAAUGUCCGGAAAUGCUUACAGCUGGGACCGAAGCAGAUUGUCCUUAGAAAUCCUGAGUGGCACCUGAUGGUUGACCGGUUGGCCAACGGCGAAUUGCGCAAGCGGUUGGGCCUGCCUGAAAAUCUGAAAGUUGUGCCGGAACUCUAUAAGCUCCUACUUUACGAGGUUGGCGGCCGCUUCACCCCGCACAGGGAUACAGAGAAAGCGGCAGGGAUGUUUGCAACCCUGGUCAUAGUUCUUCCGUCCCCUCAUGCUGGAGGAGAGCUUCUGGUGCGGCACGCGGGCAAUGAGGAAAGAUUCGACUUCGGAAGCCAGGGCCUCUUCAACAUGUUCUAUGCCUCGUUCUACGCUGACUGUGAGCAUGAGAUCCUGCCCGUGCGAGAGGGGUACCGACUAGCCCUUGUCUAUAAUCUGAUCGGACAAGGUCCCAUGCGAAGUCUGACGCCAGCAGACAACAGUCGGAGCGUCCAGAAGAUCCUCAAAGCUAUCACUGCCUGGCUUCAAGAUCCCGAUGCCCCUCAGAAGCUGGUGAUUCCCCUGGAGCACCAGUAUUGUGAGCAGAGCUUCUCCUUCGACAAGCUGAAGGGCAAGGACUGCGCGGCGGCGGAUGUCCUGCGGCAGGCUGCCGUGAAGGCCCCCCAAGGUAUCAGGAUCCAGUGCUACCUGGGAAUGCUCAAGAAGACGGAAAGCGGGCCUGCCGAAGUUCAUUACGGAGAUGACGAAGGCUGUCUGGUAGACGUCGAGGAUUCGGAAACGGAGCUCACGAACAUCGUGGCGCCAUCCGAAGACGACCGAGUUCCUGACUUCACGUUCGACGAGUCGGAGUUGCUUCCGGAAGACUAUCUCGAAUGCGACGGCCUUGAGUGGACGAACGGCAAGGUCCAGGAAGCGACCGGGAACGCUGGCUGCACCAUGGAGCGGUGGUACCAUCAGGUAGCGCUCAUCAUCUGGCCAACUAGAAGGAAGCCGAGCGCGCAACAAAAAGGUUCGACUCCUCAGGGUCACGUCCUGAAAGAAAGGGAAACCAAUGCCCGCACUCUCCCCAACAAUGCGGCCACCUCGUCGCACCCCCCAGAGAAGCGCCCACGGAUCUUGAUUGAUCUUGGAGAUGACUGACGUCAUGUGUGGGUGCACGCGUUGGGAACUUUCAAGCUCGGCUAGAUCUUGUGCCUCUUGUUGCGUUGGAACGUCUUGAGAGUUUUGAGAGUUGGUACAACAUCCAGUCAGGCUCGUAGCUAGCCACCACUACAUACCUUGUACAUACAUACGUAUGCUCUAACCACAGAUGCGGGUCAAUAAUCCAAGCAUAGGACUGAGAAGGGAAUAAAGGAUUUGAGCUGCGUCAUUGAUGUGUGUUAAUCAGGCUUCUCGGUCGCCCGCCUUGCCCACCUUGCCGGGA